CAGCGAUAAAAAUGCCAAAGGUUGAAAGAGAUACUGGAAACAAAAACAGGAUAACGCCUUAUCAUAGCACACCAAGGCAUAUCGAACAGGUUGUCCUUUCUGGCGCAAAAAAAUCUACAUUGUCGCCUCCGAAAGAUCGUUUAAUAUCAAAUCCAUUUGAUGAACCAUUAAUGCCGUUGACUAAGAAGGAGAUUAUGGACUUGCUAAGAUCAGAGGAAUUACUUGAUCCAACGGUUCGAAAUGAUAAACGUGUGCCGCAUGGGUAUAUUCCAUUCAUGUGGCAAGUCGAUUAUUUUUUGACUCUGCUUGAAAACUACGAAGGGAAAACAAAACAGAACUCAAGAAAUUCAAUGUUCAAUCAUUCGAACCAUGUUAACGGUAAUAAAUCAGAAAUGUCGAAGACGAACUUAUGGCCUCCGGGUAUGCCCAAACAUAAGGAGGGAA